UGCUUCGAGCGCAACAGGCAACGUGUGCGUUCGCGCCUUUCCCGAGCGUACGCAUCAUCGGUCGUGAAGUCUCCGAACGCAAAACGACGAUGAUGACGACGACAACGACGAUGAUGAUACUGCUGCUGCUGAUGAUGUUGCCCGCCCGUAUCAUGUUCAUUGGACGAUGGAAGUGGUGAGGAAGAAAGGAGGGAAUGGAGACGAGGGUUACCCAUUGGGGUGGUUCUGCUUUUAAGCGUCCGUUCGGUGGCAACGUUACCUUAGUUGGCUCGCAGCGUUUCGAGCAGUAAGCAGCAAAUCACGGAAUCAGCAACAGUUGCACUGCAGUAUGGACAAAGUGGUGCCCAAAUGAGCGGUUGCAGUAGAUCGUCGACGGCCGGUGAUGUGGUGGUGGAUUAGUGGUGGACCAUUGCUGGAAGGACCGCCGGUUUUUCGGGGGCUGUCGUGGCGUAAAAAUUAGUGCAAAUAGGGUGAUUAAGUGGUGAUUAAUUUGUUGACGCAAGUUGCAAAAAUAACCGACCCCCUCGCGCGAUUUUGGGUGACGAAAGUGUGCGGAAUCCUUUGGCGGGCAGGGUUAAGUGGGAACACUCGUGGGUGGUAACUUGAUCGACGGACCAGACGCACCCGGAAGGGGUGUUUCAGCGGUCUGUUUGGUUAUCUGUCCCAGAAUCGGCCCGGAAGAAUCUAAAGACCUGGCUAAGACCAUAGACGAGUACGAGGCUUCACAUCAAUUUCCAAUUAAUGUGUACAGAAGAAGCAGCCCCAUAAUGUCCACCUUUGGAAGUAAUAAUUAGCGAAGACAACUUCCUCAUCUGCCGAGACGCAAGGCUUUUGUUUUCGUCCUUUUGCGGGCAUCCUAGCCAAAAAAAAACAAAGGAUCCGCUCAAAAGCUCAACCACAAAACCCGUACCUUCUUGGAAGCGAAGAUGAUAAGUUGGUGGUUUAAUCGAUCGGAGAUGGAAGCGGUAACGGGCUCGUUUGUGACCGUGUUUUAGCGUUUUUUGGGGAAGACUUACAAAUUGAUUUGUUAGAGCAGCGCCGAUCCGAUACACAGGUAGAGGCCCCCUAUUAUAAACCCAUUGAAAGCAUCGCCCCGCGAUAGCCAGGCUGUCCAUCCAACAUUUUGCAACGAGAAAAGAGAAAAGAACCAACCCGGCACGAUGGGAACCGAGCCGGGGACGACCAAUUCCUCCGGUUCGGGUGGUUCCGGUUCACGGGGAGCCAAAAAGCGUGACUCCUGGCAUACGGCACCCGGUACCAACGGUACGUCCGGCGAUGGUGGACGCGAUGAGCCGCCCGAUUCAUCCGACACGGCAGCAGUACUUGCCGGGGCCGGUCCAAAGGAGCCAGCUUCCAAUGGAAGUUCGGCCCCGACCAAGGCCACCACGGAGACGGCACAGAUUCUCCAGUCGGGCAAGGAGCGCAACCUUGUUGUGGCAUUAACCGGUGAACGGCGUCGCGAAACCUGGAGUCAGAAGGCGGAAUUCCUACUGGCCGUGAUUGGAUUUGCGGUGGAUUUGGGGAACGUGUGGCGCUUUCCGUACAUCUGCUACCAGAACGGGGGCGGUGCAUUUCUUAUCCCGUACUGCAUUAUGUUGCUGUUUGGUGGAUUGCCACUGUUCUACAUGGAGCUUGCCUUGGGACAGUUUCAUCGUUGCGGUUGCCUCUCCAUUUGGAAACGCAUCUGUCCGGCACUGAAAGGUGUCGGAUACGCUAUCUGUCUGAUCGAUAUCUACAUGGGCAUGUACUACAACACCAUCAUCGGGUGGGCCGUUUACUAUUUGUUCGCUUCGUUCAGCUACGAGCUGCCCUGGACCAAAUGUGGCAAUCCGUGGAACACGGAAAACUGCUCACCGGUCACUGGACGGGUUAAUGCAACGCUCACCUCCACCACGGCUUCCGUACCAACCGUGACGACUACGCUCAUGUCAUCGAUGACCACGAAUGUAGCGUCAGCCGGUGUGACACUGGUUGCAUCUGCACUCGGUAACUCAACGAUGGCCACCACACACCCGCACUACUACCAGUAUGAUCAACAUCUGCUGUCCAGCACACUGCCAACGAUGCUGUCCAAUCUGACCACCAGUACCAUGUCGACCGUUGCAAGCAUUGUCAGCGAAGGGCCCGCACUGUCCAGUCCGGCGAGGGAAUUUUUUGAACGACAGGUGCUGGAGCAGUACAAAUCGAACGGACUGGACUUUAUGGGACCGGUGAAACCUUCGCUCGCGCUGUGUGUAUUCGGUGUGUUCGUGCUGGUAUACUUCUCGCUCUGGAAAGGAGUUCGUAGUGCCGGUAAGGUGGUAUGGGUGACGGCCCUUGCCCCGUACGUCGUACUGCUGAUUCUACUAGCCCGUGGUGUCACACUACCUGGUGCUGCCGAAGGUAUUCGCUACUAUCUAACGCCCCAGUGGGAUAAGCUCAAUAAUUCGCGCGUAUGGAUCGAUGCUGCCUCACAAAUCUUCUUCUCCCUUGGGCCCGGUUUCGGAACACUGUUGGCCCUGUCCAGCUACAACAAGUUCAACAACAACUGCUAUCGAGACGCACUGCUGACGAGCAGCAUCAACUGUCUUACCAGCUUUCUGGCUGGGUUUGUCAUAUUUUCCGUACUCGGCUAUAUGGCACAGGUGCAGAACAAAUCGAUCGAGGAAGUUGGUCUCGAGGGACCGGGAUUGGUGUUUAUCGUCUAUCCGGAAGCGAUCGCCAUGAUGAAAGGAUCGGUAUUUUGGUCGAUCAUCUUCUUCCUGAUGCUGAUCACACUCGGCCUAGACUCAACGUUCGGUGGACUGGAGGCGAUGAUAACAGCACUGUGCGAUGAGUAUCCGCGUACGAUCGGUCGCCGCCGGGAGCUGUUUGUGUUGAUCUUGCUUGGAUUGAUCUACAUCUGUGCGCUUCCCACUAUGACAUAUGGUGGCGUGUACUUGGUAAACUUCCUGAACGUGUACGGCCCCGGUCUGGCGAUACUGUUCGUAGUGUUUGUGGAAGCGGCCGGUGUCUUUUGGUUCUACGGAGUGGAGAACUUUUCGGCCGACAUCGAACAAAUGUUGGGCAAGAAACCGUCACUGUUUUGGCGCAUCUGCUGGAAGUACAUCAGUCCGACAUUUUUGUUCUGCAUACUGAUAUUUUCACUGCUCGGGUAUGAGGAAAUGCUUGGCGAGGAGUAUGAAUAUCCUGAGUGGAGUGUAGCCGCCGGUUGGGCAUUGACACUAUCAUCGGUGCUGUGCAUUCCAACGUAUGUGAUUUAUAAAUUUUUGAAAAGUCCCGGCAACUGUGAAGAUCGCUUGAGACGCACGUUUAAACCGGAACCAUUGAUACCGACGGCUAUCCCUGGGCAGCUGUAUACGGGCACCGCCGUCUGACAUGAUUGCGCGGAAGAAAACUGUAUGCGGCGCGGUAUCUUUGUGCGCCUCGAUUCACCAACGAACUCCUGCUGUUCCCCAAACGUCACCAUUACCGUCGCUAAUCAUGAUCGUCGUUGUCGUAGUAGUAGAAGUAGUAGCGCUCACCGUUGUAAUCGCGAACGUAGUCGAGGCUGUAGAAGAAGCAUCAGCAACUGUAGUAGUAACAGCAGUUGCACUAGCAGCAACAGCAGCAGCAAUCAAGCUGAUAGCAAUAGAUGUACUCUUGGUAGGAAAGGACGAUGCGCCUGUGUCCCCGAUGCCAUUGGUCAAUAUGAUAGUUUUCGUGUACGUGGAGAUGAAUCCGGUUCCAUCUGUGGUGCGAUCCCGGUUGCAUCGGCCGCCGUGCUGUUGCUGGAGGAUACACGCACAACCCCUACCGGAUGCUAUCCGUUCGGGUUGAAACUAUCCCAGGCCAUACCGUGCUAUACCGCUACGAACACGUUUCGGGGAAAGUUGACAUUUCCGUUGGCCACCGAAUGGUUAGUGUAGAUCUAGUUCGGUGCAGUGAGCAAUCACAUCAAAUCAUGAAGUCCAGCCAAGAAGAUAACAGCCAUCCGUAGUUACAGCCAUCUUCGGAUGUAUAGUGCUGCAUACUUACUUGCGCUAACAAACAUAGUUUGACUCCGGUAAAAGAUCUACUCUCAUCCAUUCGGCAGGAAGAUAGGGAGAUGGAAAAAAAUUUGCUUAUGUGUGGUAAACAAAACUAUUGAGCUUGUUCUAAGAUUUAUUUUUACUCACAAUUUCAUCGACGUUACGUUGUUCCUUUCCAUAACUUGUUGUAAAACCAAAACAAACUGAGUGGAGCGUUAAUGUGAAAGCAUAGCAUAGCGACAAGAUGAUCGUUAAGUAAUGCAGUGAAUUGUUUGAAAUAGUAGAAUCCUAAUGGCAGGUAGUACACCUCUUAAAUACUUAAACCUUACAAAAAAGAAUCAUGUACGGGCUACCGGACAUAAUGCAAGUUGUUAGAUGCUUUUAUAAAGUUUUACAUAUUUCUAGCGAUCGAUGCAUUUAAUAGACUAAUUGGAAGAAAGUAUUUAAAUGGAUAUUUAUAUCUCCAUAUACUAGAAUUUAUAUACAGUGUUAGCUAUUAUACCAUGUGCAGAGUAACAACAAUACAAAACUGCUGAAUGUUGCAUAGUAGAACUAUUUUUAUGGAAUCUAAUCGUAGACUAAUAGGUAUGUUAGGUAUGUAUUAUCUGAUGGAUGUCGAAACCAUCACGAGCAACGACCACAAAUCCUGUACCAACCUGUACAACGCAUCCUCAAGCAAACGGAUCUUGAGGUAUUACUAUCAUCGAUGACGAUCAUCGAAUAUGUUCGACCAUACACCACCAUACGUUGAAAAAUUGUUUUUCACACACCUAUGUUUUGCCUUUAUUUUACGCCUGUGAAUGUAGUGUUUUCUAUUCGCUAAAUCCAAGUUGGAGCAUAUUUAUGGCCAAACCAAAAAAAACACUGUUACUGGUAGGACAAUAGAAAUCGGGCAGCAACACAGCCAUUUGCUGCUCGGUUUAUGUGAAGAUGCGGCUCUGCGGGAGGUGGAUUCUAUUUCUCGAAUGGCGUGUACAGUGUUACUGGCGAGUAGGAUAUUUUGUUCAAGGGUUUGUUAGCGAUUUGUUGACCAGUGUAAAAUAAUAGAAAGGCGCUAAUGCAAAUCUCGCAUUUCGAACAGAACAUUGAAACACGGACAAUAAAGUUCUUUGAGGUUUUAUUUGCUUUCAUAAGUUAAA